ACAUAAUAAUGAUUUAGAUAGUAUCUAAACAUAACAGCUUUUGAAUACAUAGGGAACUGGUACAUAGAAUCAUUUGGAGUACGAAUAAAAACUGAGAAAUGAAUUUAAAGACUUUCUUAGGGAUAAUUUUAGUGUUCGUGCAUGCUGUUGUUUCACAGUUACCCGUACCCGUAGAAGUCAUGGAAGAAAAAGAUGUGAAAGAUUACGAUGGAAUGAAAAAGCUUUUUAAUGAGACAUUAACAGGCUAUGACACAAGAAUCAGACCUCGUAUAAACCAGUCACAUAUCAUUCAGAUGAACACGACGUUCGUGCCGCAGAGCAUAUUAGAGUUUGACACGUCUGAACAAAAGUUUUCUGUCCUCGGCUACUUCCGUAUCCACUGGAAUGAUGAAGUGAUCACUUGGAACCCGGCGGACUACGCCAAUACAAACACAAUCAAAGUGCCUAUAAGCGAAAUGUGGACUCCAAGUUUGAUAAUUCUGAAGGCUUUUGACGGUGAUGGUGUUGUUGGCAACAGCCUAACUGAUAUCGCAAAAAUCUCGUCAGAGGGUGAUGUUCAGUGGGUUCCCGAAGGAAUAUAUAGUAUUGUCUGUCAUGUGGACAUCAAGUACUACCCAUUUGAUGAACAGACCUGUACAGUUACUUAUUAUGUUUCCGACGAAACCAUCGUGACUGUUGAUCUGGACCAUCCUGAACGUGUCACACUGGAUGAAUACACUGAAAACUCCGCUUGGAGAAUAAUCAGCAUAUCCAAUAAACGAUAUCUGUUGUAUAACACUUACCAUAUAGAUGUAGAAUUCAAGCUCCAGCGAAGAGCCAAUUUUGCAACGUUUACUCUGAUUAUGCCACUGCUCAUGUUGGCCUUUCUGAAUAUCUGUAUAUUCUUGGUUCCGAUUGGCUCAGGCGAGAAGGGAUCGUUUGCAAUCACAAUUUUCCUCUCGUACGGUAUCUUCGUCACAAUAGUUAGUGAUACCCUUCCCGAUAACUCCCUGCAAAUCUCCUACUUCCUUCUUUUCAUCAUCGUCCUCCUGUUCAUGAGCGUCAUGUCAGUUCUCUACACAAUCAUCCAGGCAAAACUGAUGGCGAGUAUUGGCGAUAAAGAAUGUACCAUCAACUGCCUUCGUCCUAAGAAGCGUUCAAGUAACAAGGUGAUGCCUUUUAAUCCAACAAAAGGCGGCGAUGACGACACUGGCAAAGAUCCUGAAGUCUGCACUGUUGAUAUGGACAAUGACAACGAUGAUGAGUCUUACACCUGGGGGAUGUUUCUGGAGAAACUAGACUCGAUAUUAUUCAUCAUCUUCUUUGGGCUAAUCCUUCUUUUUACUGCAGGAUUCUUUAGCCUGAUGCUCCAGAGAGUGAGUGAACCAAAUUUGAAGGAUAUAUAGAUUGAACAUGUACUCACACACUUUCUGAUUAUUAAGAAAAUUUGUGAAAUAGCAUUCCUAUCACACCUGUCUCUUUAUAUGUGUUUAGUUCGUCAUAAAAAUCCAUAGGAAUGAGAGAACUAUCUUUAAGAAUGUACUGAGCUGAUAAACAUCAAGAGAAAACAAAAAACUUAAAAUGAUUACAUAAUUUGUAUGUAAACUGUAAACGUGGUCUCUUUUCUCACAGUCAGUAAAAUAAUGUGCAACAACAUUGUAUAAUUACAAAUAUUUCAUAUUCUACCGUCUACGGCAUUUGAAAUCUCCGUCGCCGGAUUGAUGCAAACGACUUCAUUGUCUUUAAAAGAGUACUCAUUUGUGUUUAGCAUCCUCAGUUGCAGGACAAUUAGGUCAUCUAUGACACAAUAAAUUAUAUUACUACAGGACAUUUUAGCGUUUUAGACAUAUGCCUCGUGAAUAUUAAUAUAAUAGCAAAAUGAUUUUACUUCAUUAACAUUUUAAGAUUUGUUUUUAAAUAAUAACUGACAAUAUACGAAAUAAGAAAAAGAAAGGUCACUGCAUAUACGUUGUAAUGCUAGGCAUACUAAUGUUAUUAGGUAUCAUUUUUUCUGCGUUGCUGAUGUGCAACUAAUGUACUCUACUCAUGUUAACAAGCCACUUAUAAACUAAAAUGAAGUGGUCUUAAGUUAUAUCGCAAAGAAAUAUAUGAACAACAUUAUAGCCAGAAGCUUAAGCAUGAGCGGUUGUUAGAUAACUUACCAGACAGACGUACCUCAGGCUGUUUAAAAGCAUAUAAGCAUAUAUAUAUAAAGCAUUCAAUCCUUAUAUUUGCAAUUUUGCAUAGCUCGCAACAUAUUGGUUUCUAUGAGUAUCAGAAAGUCAAAGUAAUUUUCAAGCUGCAGAUCAUUUCACUAUAAGAUAGAACAACCAAUAAACAUUUCCGUGUUAAAUUAUGGUAAAAGUACUGUUCAUGACUUUGAGUUAAAAUAUCCUUCAAUCAAGCACAGAAAUAUAUCUACUCAUUUUUGAAUAUUAGCAUAGGAAUGUUCUGUUCAAAUUUUGGUGAUAGAUUCUUUUCUUCGAACAGCGCCAUUUUGUUUAUGUUGUCUUGUUGUCAGACUGCACGUUUAGUAUCGCAGUAAAAGCUGUCAUGAUAGCAUUGCUUCGAAGUUGUUUUACGUAAACAAAUAUUUUUUACUUUGUAAUCAAAUAUAAUAGUGAUUUUUUUCUAAAUAAGUUGUAAUUUUAGGACCAGUUCAUUUAUUUUACGAUCCAUGUAAACAAAUAUCUAUGUAAACAACAACUUAUGAACUGUCAUCCAUCUAAUAAUGAGUAUGCCAAUUAUAUUUACCUUCAUUUCAUUUUUUUUCGGUCAAGAGCUGAGUAGUUUUAUUUAGAUAUAAUCCACAUCAGAAACAUAUGAUUGCCGAUCUACUUGCACAUCGUAUAAUAAUUUCUAAUUCUUUGUAGUUCAAUGUAAAUAUUGAAAAAAAUGUUUGCCUUUCAUAUUGUUUUUUAUUUAGAUCUUCGC